GACGUACACUGAUGAGACUGAUGAAUCCACCGCAUCAACCUUGAUCUUGGAGAGAUCACCACCAUCUCGAUGCAGCACCCCGGAGGCUGAACAGUUAUGUGCAUCAGAAACGGAGAGCCCACAGACCCAGGCGAGACACUAUAAGACUCUACAGGCGAUGUAUAAAACUAAGGCCAGACCGAACAAGAUGGAUGUUGCUCAGCUCCUGGACCUCGAAAUCCAAGCGAGAAGGGCCUUCAUUGACUCUGAUGUUACAAAGGAGCAGGACAGGCCUUCCAAGAUUCUUAAAGCUUAUCCUUGCUUUGGAGAACUGGAUCAUCUAAUGGAUGAACUACGGCGGGUCCUCAAUCAAGGCAACUCCCACUUCUUAACGGAACUUAAGACCCGGUGGGGGACCUUUUGUGAGAGGGCACAGUUUUAUGGAGUUUUCAAAAAGCUCAUGAGGCCUCCGCAGCUUGACAAAGUAAAGCACUCAAUUGCCAUGAUGAAGGCUUUACCAGAGAUGUUCCCAUCACCUAUGGCCCCACCCAAGAAGUUAAGGCACGCAAGUGAGGCUGUGCUCCACGUCCUUGAGUCUGCAGAAGACCCAAACACCUUUCUUCAGACACGACCACUUUCCAGCCCUGUUGUCAUCAUCUGCGAAACCAACUGUAUACUGGCCAUUGGAACCAUGCCCGUGCUCAUCUUCCCAAAAGAGGACAUUCAUGAAAGCGUGAUGUAUCUCAUGGCAUGUUAUUACACCUUUCACCUCACCUAUCCUAAGUGCAUUGCAACACUCCUGUCUGUGGUGCAGACAGAAGUCCUCUUGGACGCCAUUCACGACCGUGACAUGACUACUUCAUACAAAAAGGCUAUGGCCGACUGGAAAAAGUUCAUAAGUGAUUAGGGCACUUAUAUAUGAGGGGCCGCUAGGGACAAUAUUCAGAAAUACCGUUCACUUACA